AUGAAAAAGAGAUUAAUGAUAAGAUUACCAAGUUAUAUAUUAGAGUAUAUCAUUAGGCUCGCAUUAAAUCUAAGAGCGUUGACUAGACCUUCGAGCAGACAUGACCACGAACGUCCGUUCAACUACCGUGAGAUGCAGCAACAGCAACAACACUACAGCAUACUGAUUAAUACGAUCAACAUUGCUAGUGUCUGUAAGAAGUGGAGAGAGAUCGUACUGAAGAAUCUGUAUAUACUCGAGCUGAAUCCCUAUGUACUCUAUCAACUACGCAAAUACAAUGCCUCAAAGAAUAAUGCUUUCAUUCGAGAGUUUGACACUGAUCUUCUCGUAAAGGUAUUAAAGCAAUUCCCCUCAGUCAAGAGUGUUCACCUUUCUUUCUUUCAUUUCGUAAGGUCAACCUACAACAAAGUAACACCAUCAUCAUCAUCAAUACCACCAUUAUCACUUUCACAAACAACAACAUCUUUAAACAACAAUCAUCAUCCACAACAACAGCAACAACAACAACAACAGAUGUUAUUAAUAGAACCAGUUAGUGACUACGCACCGGUUACAUUGUUAUCACAAUCAAGAUCACCCGUAAUAUCACCACAUUCCUCGAGUAUAGAAGAUAGAAUCAAUUUAAUUGCCGACGAAAACGAGAUAGUGUCGAUCACCUGCUUGGAGAUUGUGUCGUGUGUCAACUUUAGAUCGAUUGGCUUUGUAAACUAUCUGCUAAACUCUGUGUACCUAAAGACAUUGGUCAUCGAUCAUUGUAAUCUACGUGACUCUGACUGCUCUAUCAUCGUACAUGCCAUCAAGUCGUCGUCUUCACUCAAGUCGCUCAGCUUGCGUAGAAACCAGCUGCAAGACGAAGGCGGCAAAGCAAUCAGCGUCUUGAUCGAAGAGAGCCCGCGUAUCGCCGAGAUCUAUCUAUCGAACAAUAUGAUUGCACAGAACGGAACGCUCGCCAUCACCAACGCACUGAAGCGCAACCAGUCGUUGACACAUCUAUCGCUCGAUAAUAACUACCUGUCGAUGGAUAGUGCACUCUCGCUGAUCCAUUGUUUCAGCACCAACAAGACACUGAAGCAACUAGACAUCAGAGGUAACUACUUCCAAUCGAGAUUGUUGGUCGAAUUUAUCAACAUUUCUAUUCCACCCGACGUCAACAUCCUCUUGGAUAAUGAAGUACCAAUCAACUUUCUACAAAAUCAACAAUCUAUAAAACAACAACAAACAAAUAACCAACCAGUACAAGUUCAAGCUCAAGUACUACCUCAAUAUCAAUCAAUUCAGCUAUCUCCAUUACAACAAUCACCACGACAAUCACCUAUAUUACAAUCACAAUACUAUCACAAUAAAAAUAAUAUAAAUAUGAAUAACAAUAAUAUUAGUAGUAGUAGUAGUAGUAGUAGUAAUAAUAAUCAUAUAUAUCAACACCAACAACAACAACAAAUAUAUAUUCAUAAUCUUAAUAACCUUAACAAACAUACUAUUCAACAUUAUACAAAUAACAACACUAUAACCGAUAAUGAUCAUCAUCAUUAUCUUUUUAAUUAUAAUAAUAACAGCUUUUUUAAUAAUAGUCAACUUUUAAUGGAAUCAAAAAAAAGGAAACUAGAAACCUGUAAAUGA